UUUUCAUUCUGGUACCAUGUGUUUCUUGUACCAUUUAUUGUAUUUUAAAAUGUUUAUCUUGUGAUUUAAGUCUUAAUGUAAAUUCACUCUUUCUUGCCGAUAUAAUUAUUUCUUGCAUUAUGAAGUUGGAUGAGAAAAAACAAACAGAACAGAGUGUCCUUGUGUCCUCAGCCUCAUCAUACUGUUCACCCUGUGAAGGGUCUCCAAGUGACUCACUAACAGACAUCCAGCUCUGCAAGGUGUGACUGAGUAAGAAACAGUGGAACAACAGACAGGAACCAUUUAAGACCAUCUGGCAGCGUUCAGCACUAUCAUACAGACUCUCCUGUCCUCCUCUUCAUAGAGAAUUCAUGAUCUCCAGUGAAUGAUCAUUGCCUUAUGUUUCACUGUCACUUUGAGACACAUCCAGUUCUGCAGGUCACCUGGAAUGACUGGACCAGUGAUGAAGAUCAGUUGGUCUGAGUGUCUCUGUUUCAUCCUCCUUCUUCUCCAACUCACCACUGUCUCCACACUGGAGAGGUUUGAGGUUCUUGGUCCAGCUCAGCCUGUAGUUGCUGUAGCUGGUGAAGAUGUUGUUCUGCCCUGUUACCUCAAACCCAACAUCAGUGCUGUGGAUCUCCGUAUCGAGUGGUUCAGAGUUCAUACCGAAGACCCACUUGUACAUCUUUACCGGGAUCAUGAGGACAGAAAUGAGAACCAACUUCCAUCCUACAGGGGAAGGACAUUGCUGUUUCCUGAGGAACUGAAGAAGGGAAACACUUCAUUAAAACUCUUUGAAAUCAAAGGCUCUGACAAUGGGCGAUAUAAAUGUUUUGUUCAGUCUGAUGAGUGGUUUGAAGAGUCUUCCAUUUAUCUAAAUAUUCAAGCUGUAGGAACUCAUCCAGUGAUCUCCAAUGAGGGAUAUAAAGAAGGAGGGAUCAGUCUGGUGUGUGAAUCUAAAGGCUGGUACCCUCAGCCUCAAGUGCUCUGGAUGGACAGUGAAGGACACAACCUCACAGCUGGACCAACUGAAACAGAAAGAGACAGUAUGGACCUCUUCACUGUGAGACAACGUGUUAUUGUACAAGAGACAGAGACCAACAGGUUCACCUGUCGAGUUCAACAGCAACAGUUAAAUGAAAUAAAAGAGACAAAAAGUAACAUCCCUGGUGAGAUGUUCCAUCGUGCCCAUCCCUGGAAGGUGACCUUUGCUGUCAUCUUCAGUCUGUCUGCUGUUGGUAUUAUUGGAUGCACAGUUUUGAUUCACCGUUUUGUAAAACUGCGGAAAAAGAGAGCUCAGCUCCAAGAACAGUAUGCUCAGUUCAAAGAACAGCAAGAACUGAUCAACAGUGAACUGAAACUUCUGAAGGCACAAAGAUACGCAGUUGAUGUGACUCUGGACCCUGAUACAGCACAUCCUGAACUCGUCCUGUCUGAGGACAGGAAACAAGUGAGAUAUGGAGACACAAGGCAGAAUCACCCUGACAAACCAGAGAGGUUUAAAUACUGGGAAAGUGUCCUGGGAAAAGAGGGUUUUUCUUCAGGGAGACGUUACUGGGAGGUGGAGGUUGGGGACAAGACUGACUGGACUUUAGGAGUGGUCAGAGAGUCCAUCAACAGGAAGGGGUAUUUUCCAUUGAAUCCUAGUAGUGGCCUCUGGGUUCUCAGUCUGUCCAGUGGGAAUGAUUACAAGGCUUUCACUGACCCCUCUGUGUCCCUCCCCCUGAGUGUGAAGCCCCAGAAGUUGGGGGUGUUUGUGGACUAUGAGGAGGGUCAGGUCUCCUUUUACAGUGUGGAGGACAAGUCUCAUAUCUAUACUUUCACUGGAUAUAAAUUCACCGAGAAACUCUAUCCAUAUUUCUGGCUAGGCUUCUGGAACUCAGCCCCACUGACCAUAUCUCCUGUUGUUUACACAGACUGAAAAAAUUGAUUUUAGCUUUUAAAUGUUCAGAUCAUGCUGUUAUAUUCUGAUUUAAUUCCCAUUCGGGGUUUGGAAUAUCUCCAUCGAAACAUGCCUUUUGUUUUGUACAUUCAACAUUGCGUUGCUUUUAAAUAAAUAUUGUUUAACAGCAAUUAUGUGUUUUAAAGUUCCAACAUGUGGAAAUAAAGAGAAUCACGUCAUGCAAAAUUCAGUAACUUCCAAACUAAUAUGAACAUUAACAAGCCUGUUCAAUAUAUUUGCAUGUUGUAUCCGAAUCGA